CAUGUUGCAAACCACCACUUUAACUACUUUACACACCAUUAUCGUCCUCACCGCCAUGCAAUUAGACAAAUCUCCCUUAUCAACCUUACACGCGUCGUCGCUACAGCCAUAAAUCCAUCUGCCCCACACGAUCCCCAAUCCGUUAUCUGCUUCUGUGACAACACCAGAGCAAAUCCUUAGGCUCCCAAGCGAAUUCCUCGUCAUCAAUAUCGCCCACAGUAAACACUCCAUUCAUGCUUGCCGUCUGAGCUGAUUCGUCACCAGCCGAAUCGCCCCAGUUGUCACCGUAUAGCAUGUGUGCCUGAUAAAACUAGUGCUGACCUUCCAACUCGCCCGCCAAGCCACUCCAACCGUCGUCAUCCCUUCGUCGUACAAGUAGUCUCUCGAUCCAACUGACUUUCGUCUGUUUCAUUUCAACAUCUCACAAUUCGCUGCACGCCCAAUAUGGGCCUUCUCAGUGACCAUGCCAUCGUAUUUACCCUAGCAUCUCUUCUGGUGGCCUGGCUUGGGGCCAAGGUCUUCAGGGUCGUCAUGGAGCGGAGAAAGUUUCGAAAACUUCCUGGCCCGCCCUGUAACCUUUUCCUCGGACAUCUUAUACCCAUGGGCAAAAUAGCCAUGAAGCAUCCACAGCGCGUUCAUCCCCACGUUUUAGUAGCCAACUUGAUGCGAGAGUACAAUCUGCCGUCUGUCUUCUACUUGGAUAACCGACCGGCGGCAGAAUACCCCGUCCUGGUCGUUGCAGACCCGGAGGUGGCCCGGGAAAUCUCCGAAUCUGGACUUCCAAAGCAUCGCACUCUUCUCGAAACCAUUGAGCCGUUGGCGGGAAGGUUGAACAUCCUGUCAAUCGAGGGGCAACUCUGGAAGAAAUGGAGAAACGUCUUCAACCCUGGGUUUUCCGUCCAACAAGUCAUCAGCCAAGUGCCUGUCAUUGUUGAAUGCACAGAGGCAUUCAUCAACAUCCUCGAUCGGCAUGCAUCCAAAGAUGAAGUCUUCAGACUAGAAGAGGAAACCACAAAGAUUUCCAUCGAUGUCAUCGGCCGAGUCGUCUGUGACCACGACUUCAAAACCCUUACUACCGACAACGACUUCAUGCGUACCAUGAGGAAAACCCUCUCCUGGAUGCCCAACCAGCAAUCCAUGAACCCAUGGCACCGCAACCACCCGCUACGACCUAUCAUGUGGAAGUACUACAAGCGGCAGAUGGACAAUUAUAUCGGAAAAGUCCUCGAUGAACGUUUCGCGGUUCGGGAUACGGGUGUUCCAAAGAAGGCGAAGAUAAGGACAGGCAUCGAUCUUGCUCUUGCCGAGUAUUUCAAGGAGAACGGCCAGGAUGCUGAUUCCCACAAUGCUACCGUCAUGGACGCCGAGUUCCGACGUUUUGCCAUCGACAACCUGCUCAUCCUGCUAUUUGCCGGACAUGAUACAACGGCCUCGACAAUCUGUUACUGCUAUCACAUGCUUCACAAGCAUCCGCACAUCCUUGCAAAACUUCGACAAGAGCUAGACGACGUAUUCGGUGCCGGUGUUAGCGCGACCCAGCAGCUCAAAGAUAGUCCCUACUUGAUCAACAAAUGCGAGUACACGCUCGCAGUCAUCAAAGAGGUGCUACGACUUUGGCCUCCAGCCUCUGGUGUCCGCAGUGGACAGAAGGGUCAUUUCAUCAAGGAUCCCGCAAGCGGAGAGAUGCUACCAACAGAAGGAUGCAUUAUCUGGACAGUGUCCAUGUGCCUAGGUCGGAGCGCCAAAAUAUGGGGCUCCGAUGUCGACGUAUUCAGGCCCGAACGCUUCCUCCCCGAGAACGCGGACAAGAUCCCACUCAAUGCCUGGCGACCAUUCGAGAAGGGCCCACGGAAUUGUAUCGGUCAAGAAUUGGCCCUGGUUGAGAUGAAGGUUGUGCUCGCGCUCACGGUACGAGAGUUUGACAUUAGGGCCGCCUAUGAUGAGCUGGACGCGCUUAGCAAUGACGGCAGUCUGUGGGCAAGGGACUCGAGUUUCCGUAAAGGACCCCAGAAAGCCUUUGGUGACGAAAUGUAUCAGAUCCUCUUGGCUGCUGGCAAGCCGCGGGAAGCCACGACUGUAGUAGCGGCGAAUGGGACUGUGGAUCUGGGCUGGCAUGCACCUAAGAAGAGUUGGAUUAAUGAUCUUGGUCAGGUGUUGAAUGGGACGGGAACGAAUGGGUUUGUGUUUGGUGGGUCGGAGCUGCCCAAGGGCGUCAAGUAUGGGACAUACAACUGGUGUAAUAUGCCGCAUGUGAGGAAGGAGGAGUAUCCUGUGGCAGCCAAGGAGUACGACUUGGUGUAUGUGGAAGUUAUCCAUCGCCAUCAUAAGAGAACGCCAUAUGCGUCUAACACAUUCCUCAAAGAGUCGUAUAACUGGGAGUGCGCUAACCAAGGACUCUUCUACUACGGCCAGCCUCUCAAUCCCUCUGGCAACAAGUCGAGUUCGACGUACUGGAGCGUCUACUCUAGCGACGUCAACCCUUUCCCGAAAUCGGGUUUCCAAGGAUCUUGCCAAUUCCCCCAGAUCACUAGGGAGGGCCUGGAUGAUUCGUGGCAGCACGGCAAAGAUCUCUACGGCGUGUAUCGCGAUCAGCUCCGCUUCCUGCCCAAGAACAUCAACGACAAAGUCUCUUUCCGCGUUACCAACAAUGUCAUUACCAGCCAGGUCGCAGGCAUGCUAGUCGACGGCAUGUUCUCACCCAAACGCGACGUACCCCUGCGAAUCCAGCCCUCCGGCGUGGAUUCCCUAGAACCCCAAUACACCUGCCCCAAAGCCUCGUCGCUCUCCAGCUCCUACGGCGUAGGCAGCACAGCAGCAAACUGGACCGCCCACCUGACGGCCACAAAACCGCUCUUCAGCUCCCUAGACUCCAUAUCCGGCGUCGCCAGUGACUCGACCGAAUGGCACAGGUCCUUCGACCACUACUACGACAACCUCUCCGCAAGACAAUGCCACGCCAAACCCCUCCCCUGUAAACUCAACGACACAACCUCCUGCGUUACCCAGGAGCAAGCAAACACCGUCUAUCGCCUCGGCCAGUACGAGUACUCCUUCCUCUACAGGGACAGUCCGCAAUCCCUCCAAGCCUCCAUCGGCUCCUACGGCGUCUUCCUCGCCGAACUCGCGCAGAACAUGCGCGACGCAGCGAGUGGGAAGAGCCCCGUUAUCUACCGCCACAACGUCGCGCACGACGGCUCCGUGUCGCGCCUGCUGAGUAUCCUGCAGAUCGACCAGAUGGUCUGGGUGGGCAUGGGGUCUGAGGUGGUGUUUGAAAUUUACCAAAAGAAGCAGAAGGGCGGUGAUUAUGUAGCGGAUAAGAAGUUUAUUCGCAUCUUGUGGGGUGGCCAGGUGUUGGUUAGUUCGAACCCGAGUCUGGGCAAGGUGGAUAUGUUGGAUUUGGAUGUGUUUUUGGGGUAUGUGGAUGGGUUGGUUGGGAGUAAGGCGGAAAAUGUGGUGGCGUUUUGUAAGUCGUAGAUUCGGCUGUAUGUUGGAUAUAGUGAUGGAGCGUGGUUCACUCCUAAAGGAAGGAUAAGUGUUCUUGAUGCAUCAGUUUGACUGGUCGCUAAUGUAUUCUGAACGUGUCUCACUCUUUGACCGGCCUUAGCGGCCCGAAUGCCC